AUGUUCUGUUUAGGGGUUGCGCCUUUGUUUGGGCCUGUCUCGUCCUAUCGAGGUUCACCGCUGCCGGCUCCUUGGCGACUACCGCUGAUUGGUCGAGUUGAUUGGUCUUGCUUACGCUUAUGGCUUAGAUAUCAUUCGGUGUCCGGUUGCUCUCCGGUUGGUUUGAAUUUGGGUACUAUGCCUCUGCUUGUUUUGCCUCCGGUUAGCCCUCGCCUUGGGCGACUUGAUGUGUCCGCCUCCUUAUGGCCUACUUGCUCGUUGGUCCACCUUAGAUUGGGCUUCACCAAACUAGGUCUACUCGAUGUGUUCAGGCCUUAUUUAUUGGUGGCACUAAUCUCCCCUCCCAAAUCGUGCGAGUGCUUCCUCAUGCUCCCGCCUUGUGCUAGGCAGCUGCUUCGGGUGCUCCUUUGUGUUGGCCUACUCAUGGCUUAG